AUCAAGUCGUCGGCAAGCAGCUUUACCGGGACCAUUUAGCGUGAGUUCUCGAAGCGGUGACAGGCAAGGACGGAAGGUGCUGGAGGAGGCUUGCCCUGUGCUUCUUCAGGUGCUGGUGUGCUGUUACCUGGCCGUCUUGAGGUGCGGCGAGGGAACCAGAAAGCAAGUGGAAUCGGUGGACUACAUACACAAAGUUUCAUCUGUUUAGCUUCCGCCACGAUGAGGGUGCCGGCGGUGCUGCUGGUGGUGGCGUGGGUGGCGGGCGUGUGCCUCUGCCGGCCCGAGGAUACGGCUUCCCCCGAGUGCGAGGAGGGGGAGGAGGAGGAGUGCUUCAACCUGGCCAGACAAUACACCGGGACUCAUGGUACUGAUGACCAUGACCACGACCAUGACCAUGACCACGAUGAGAUGCACGAUAUGGGUGCGAUGGGUGGUAUGGGGGGUGAGGAUGAUAUGGGGGGCAUGGAUGAGAUGGAUGAUAUGGAUGACAUGGAUGGUAUGGGCGAUAUGGAUAUGGAUGAUAUGGAUGGCAUGGGUGAUAUGGGUGGCGGGGAUGAUAUGGAUGGCAUGGGUAUGGGUGGCAUGGGUGAUGUGGAUGGGGUGGAUGAUAUGGAUGAUGUGGACAUGGAUGGCGUGGGUGAUAUGGAUGACAUGGAUGAUAUGGGUGGGAGGGAUGUUAGGAGCGUUAUGGAUGGUAUGGGUUUUAUGGGUGGCAUGGGUUAUAUGGGUAGUGGUGAUAUGCGUGAGGAUGAUGGCGUGACGGAUGACGAUGUGGAGCAUGUGAGAGUCAGCGGAGACGAGGACGAGGACACCACAACCACCACCACCACUGACCCCCCCUCCACCCCCCCUUCCAUCCCCUCCUCUCCCAUCGGUCCACCCAAGAGCCACCUCACCUCGACUAAACCACCGGAUGACCUCAACACAGAGACCACCGAUUCCACCACCGACUCCACUCCUGAAACCUCUACCCCCCUCGCCCCUGUUGGCCCACCUGUGCACCACCUAGCGCGUCAGGGGCCAAAAGGGGUCAGUCUGAGGCGGCCAAGACCGGGUCCCUUCCCCACACCUCAUCGUUCGCCCCUCCUGGUUGGCCUGAUCGGCUUCACCCUGCGAGGCGCCAACAACACCAGGAAGCGUGGCAGAGUGACGUUCAAAACUAUCCUGUAUAACCUCAGUAAAGGAUGGAAGGCGUCUUCAAACUCCUUCAUCGCACCUUUGUACGGAUUUUACCUCUUCAGCGUCCACGCCACCUCCACCAGGAACAGCAGCUUCAAGUUGGCGCUGUCGGUGAACGGCGUGCCUCAGGUAUUCGCCUACGCCUCCCGCGGCUUCCGGCACGGCUGCGUCUCGGCCGUGCUGCGCCUCAAGCCCGGCUGGGUUGUGACCCUCGACCUGCAGCGCGGCGCCAUCUACGAGCCCCCCGGCAGGAAGGACUACACAGUGCUCACCGGGCUCAUCGUCAGCAUAGACUUACGGAAGCGGUACGCAGACGAAGGCAGGAUCAGAUACCGGAAAUUUUUGUAGCGGGCCUUUAGUUGCAGGAUUUGUUUCUCCCCUUCCGCUGCCUCCCUAGUGUAAAAAAAAAUGGUGUAAAAGUGAACCGGCGAGUGGCCCACGCGCAACGUUGCCAGAUUGUCGUACUCAGCCUCUUGUUUGCCGAUUUCCGACCUAAAAACUUCCUCCUCGACCCCAAUAACUGCCUUCAUAUAUAGUUAUCGUUAAAAUGGUUAAAUAUUGGUGUUUUUUGGCAAUAGCUAUGGCUCGGAAACCGGUAAAUAUGAGGCUCUGAGUACGAUAAUCUGGCAACGGUGCCCACGCGUCUCCGGCGAGCUGCGGCGGCGUGUGGCUUGGCGUUUUAAUGGAGGUGCUGUAUAAAGUAAUGACCCAAUGAGUGUUUUCUUCUCGUAGCGUUGACCUUUGUAACCAAGAACGAAACCGAACGUAAUUAGGGCCGCAUCACGCUGUUCCUCGAUGAUAUCCAGACGUCACUGUGGUCAAAGUUUGUUGGUUCAAAUCUACAAAAAAAAAAAAAACGGAUUUGUUGGUUUUGUUAUGGAGAGAAAUUCAAAUACAUGGUUGUAUCGAUGGGACUGUUUGGACUGAAUAUAUCAAAACAUCAAGGAGGGGGGGUUGAAAUUGUGAGAAAUACUUCAAUAUUGUCAUGAAAAUAUGCUUUGGAAACGAA